AUGGGCAACGUGGGGAAAGGGCGGGGUGGUAACAAAGGCAGCGGCCGAGGCGGUAAUUACCAGGGCGGCGGCGGCGGCCGUGGUGGUUACCCGAACAACAACAACAACAACAACAAUAAUAAUAAUAAUAACAACAAUAACAACAGCGGGAACCGGUCUCGUGGCAACAUUCACCUAGAGGGCCUGAUCGACGAACAACGGCCCGCGUCAGCCGACUUACACAAGCUCCUGCUAGAGCGCGCCGUUCGACAAGUCGAGCUGUACAAGGCAUAUGUCGUGGCGUGGAGGGAAAGAGCGCGCAACGGGGUUCUGCCGAACAACCCCGAGGCCAGCGUCUGGGGGAUAGUGGACCAGCUGGCGCGGGUGCCCGAGAACUUCUGCGUCUUCAUCCACGAGGCCCAAAUCUCCCCCUCCGACUUGGACGGGGACGGCGACGCGCUGAUGGCGGACUCGGGCGUCCCCGGGGUGGACAAGCACAUUUGCAAGUGCAUGGCCUACGACUGGAGCAUCCCUGACUGCUUCCUCGUCUCCUUCUUCUACAUGCUCGCGACCUCGGCCCUGCGGAGCGGCAGGCUCAAGCUCACAAAGGAGCUUGCUCUCGAGAUGGCAUAA